AUUUAACAUAAAAUAACCACUAACAAUGCUCAAAUCGCUUAUAAUUAUCUGCGUUUCCAUUCUUCCCAUAUCUCUUGCUGGUAGAGAAUGUGUCUGGGUUCUAGGAAAAGUCGAAUGUCAAAAUGAUCCGACCAAGAAUCUGAAUGUUGAGAUUCGUGUCUGGGAUCGUGAUGGUCCAGGACCACUUCAAAUGAUAGACCCAGAUGAUUUGAUGGGUGUCACAUUUUCCAAUGAUGACGGACGUUUCCAAUUGGACGGAUGUGGAGAUGAUUUCGAUUGGAUUCCGGGAGUUAAGAAUGUUCCAGAACCAUAUAUUGAAAUUCGUCAUUACUGUAACAGUGAAAAAGGAGACAUCUUCCAACUUCCAGAAUUCAGUACUUUUGUUCCAAAUACCUAUGAUAUCGGAACCAUCGUUCUUGACAAGGAGACUCGUGGAAUUAAAACGACACAGAAAGCUGAUCCAACUCAAUAAUUUAUUCUUUUCCAUUUUAAUCUUUUUUAUCCCAUUUGCCAUUCAUCGCGUUAUUCAUUCCAAAAUCUUGUUUGUUUUGUACUUUUAUCUUCAUAUCUAAAUAUUUGUACAGUCGGAAUUUGAAUUAUUUUCUAUGAAUUCAAAACUCAUUCCCACUUUAAAUCGUUCCCAUCAAUUGUUUUCUUGCCUCGAUUUUCUUCUGUGAUUUCACUUCCUUCUUGCAUAACAUUUUUGAAUUUU